CGGUGUAGUCCUACGUCAGGUCGACUCGAAGGGGCGAUCGCAGCAUGGGUGCAGCGCAUUGCUGGAGGGUCGCAGCAUUCUCCCUGACCCUCAGCUUGAAGCUGCCUCAUGCAUUGAAGAUGAUCCCAGGGUGACAAAAGCUCGAUGCAGCUGUACCAAGGAUCGAGUGAUCGUUAUGCCAUGAAAGCGGAAACAAAAGAGCUGACGGACAUUGUGUGUGAGUUUCUUGAGGUAGCAAUCCACCUCAUUCUCCAUGUUCGCAAUGUCUACCCUCCAGAGGUCUUUGAGCGGAGGCGGUAUGCCAGUGUGCCGGUGCAGUGGGCCCGCCACCCAGAGCUCCAGGAGUACAUUCACAGUGCUGUGCAGAGCCUUCACGAGUGGCUGAUGCAGGGGGCUGUCCAGAGAGUUGUGGUCGUCCUCCGUGAUGGGUCCGGCAAGGCUGUUGAGAAGUUCGUCAUCCAAGUGGGGCCGCUAGCGCCACACGCCCCAGGUUCUGCUCCGAUUGCGGAGAUCGAAGAGGCGCUUCGGGCGGUGCUUAUGAAACUCUCAGUGCUCGAGCCUCCGCCGGAAGAACUGCCCAAAGACCUUUCUUGGGAAAUUGUGGCCCACACCAAUCAACCGCCUGCUGCCAAUGGGAGCCGCGAAGUAACAUGGGUGUCUGCUGACAAUACGGACCUACAAGAGGGUCCGGUAAUAACUCCCAUCAAGUCGGUCAAGAAAGGCGCACUGCAGGUCCAAGUUUACAUCGAGCAACUCUUGGAUUAGAGCCCGACAUGGCAAAAGUUUGCGCUUCGGAUAGAACAUUCGAGAAUCGAGACCGUGUCUUCCUAGAUGCAAAAGCAUGUUGGUGGGAUGUAAAGUUGACCGCUGGCAACAGCCUGCCCCGCGCGGCCGUCUUUCUAGGAUUGCAAUGCGCGCCUACAUACAUGCCGUAUUGGAGAUUGUCUUGAGACAGCUAAGUUCGAAUGUGAUCUCAAGGAGGAUAGUUCAUCGAUUUUAGAAAUACUUUUGAUGUAACUACGGUACGUACAAUGGAGACAGUGCCACCCUAGAACGAAAACAGUGACUCUCAUGGUUGCUCUGUUGUUUCGGCCAGAGCAUCGCAACGUUCCUCAAUUGUGAGCAUAGACAUUUGUGCAGGACACCGUGCCGGAGUGCUUAGAAUGUUAUGAUGCUUACAUUAAACUUACGAC